AUGGACAGGAAUCGCUUUGAAAUUGGUUCAGAGGACGUGGUGGACCAUGCUAGUAGUAGGAGCAAUAGAGAUCAUAAGAAGCAAGCACCUAGCGGCAAGAGGGUAACCUUCGCGAUGCCUAUUUCCCAAGUCAUGGGGGAACAUGCACUUGCUAUUGCUGAUGAUGGACAUAUUAUCCGGUCGGGUACUACCCCUCUUUUUAAUGAAAGUAUCUUCAGUUGCGAUCCCAUGUUGUUCGAAUCUCGCCUCUACACAACUGUGGAAACUACCCAACAUCCUACUCUAUUGCCUUUGUACCUUGAUGCAAGCUCACGGUUAAUGGAAAUGUCAAUACCAUCUCAUAAAGAUUGGGAACCAUCAACAGAGCCGUCGACAAAAAUCCAACAAGGUGGUAUGACGACACUAGUGGAUGAAGAUGAGGAAGCGAUGCACCCAACAUUUUCUGCAGUGGAACCGGUGCACAAAUUAAGGGAGGUUGUGGAUGUUGCAGAUGGCAAGGCAUCAAUGCUUGGGGCUAGUAUGGGAGGGGUACCUCUAGAGGUUGGAGAACCAAAGCUUGUUGUGGACCUGGGACACACUAAUCUACAUGGUAAUGGUUGGGAAUCCGUCAAUGAUCAGAAUACCACCUCUUCUAGACUACAGGUUGAGAAGGAGUUGGAUUCCACUUCGCCGCAAGACCUAGCUGCGAUAGCUAAGGAAAUUACAAUUGAUGGGUUUUUAGCUUCAGUUUUUAAAUCUUUAGUAGAACCUCUAAUCCCACAACUACUAGUACCAAUUCCUAGGGAAGAAUCCAAUGAUCAUGAAAUGGGAAACACAGCUGAACCUCCUCAAACCCCACCACCACCAAGACCCUCAUUAUUUACCCCACAACGUAAAAGCAUUAGGUUAGCGAAGAAAUCCAAAACCACACAAGGAAAAUGA